UAGCAAAAAUUUUUAACCAUGUCUGACGCAGCAGCUAAAGGAGGAAAACAGGCACCUAAAGUAGCCAAGGAAGGUGAAAAAAGAGCCGGCAAAAAAGGAGGAAAGAUUGGUGGAACUGGUGAAAAGAAACGCAAGAGAAAGAGAAAGGAAAGUUAUGCUAUUUACAUCUACAAUGUUUUGAAACAAGUUCACCCAGAUGUCGGAGUUUCAAGCAAAGCUAUGAGCAUCAUGAACUCAUUUGUCAACGACAUCUUUGAGCGCAUUGCUUCCGAAGCUUCGCGUUUGGCUCUUCAAAACAAAAAGUCGACCAUCUCUUCUCGUGAAAUUCAAACCGCAGUACGUCUUCUCUUGCCUGGAGAACUUGCAAAACACGCAGUCAGUGAAGGAACAAAAGCCGUCACAAAAUACACAAGCAGCAAGUAAACCAACGUCUACCAAACACAAACGGUCUUUUUUAAGACCACACAUCUUUAAAAAAACAUUUACUUGGCGUCACUACAAGUUAACCGAAGUUAAUAAAACUUCUAAAUAAUGUGCUUAAGAACACUAGCCUACAUUUAAAAUACUUCCCCAUGUGUGUGUGGAUUAGCUUCACUUUUCAUACGUAUUAUUAGCUGUACUUGCAGAAAAGAC